GUUGGCAGACAUAGAGAAACUAAAAGUUUAUGUUUUCCUCACUUAUGGAUGGAGUGUCCAUGGAGGGAAAAUGGAUCCUGCCACUAAAAAGGACAUUAAAAAUCUAGAUAAAACCAUUGUUUCAGGUAUGAAAACACUUGAAAGUGGUCAAACUGCAAUGGAAGAAGAUCAUGAUGAGCUUAUGGAACAUAUUGAAGAGUUAAUGGAUGGUGAGAAGGAGAAUAUGAAUGAAGACACACAGAAUGAUCUGCUUGAGAAAUCAAAUGAACUACUGGAAUGUGUAAAACAAAUUAAGGAAGUCAAUGAAGAAAUGGCUGAUACAUUAGAAGGCAUUGAUGAGGAAAUCAAUAACAAAAUAAAUAGACUGAAUAAGGGACAAGAUGAGAUGAAGGAGAUAAUGAAUGAAUUAAUGGAAGGGCAAGAGGAAAUAAAAGAACAUGACCAUGAAAUAGAUGAAGGGCAGAGUAAUUCAAAUGAAUUGAAUGAUUUCCAAGUUGAAAUUAAGGAGACCAUCAAUGAGAUGAAAGAAUGUCAAGAUGAAAUAAAGGAAAGCAUAACUGAGCUAAAAGAAAGUGAAAGUGACAUUAAAGAAUGUCAACUUGAAUUCAAUGAAAGGCAGAAGCAAAUCAAAGACAUAGUUGGAAAUCUGCUUGAAGGGCAAAAUGAAUUAAAAGAGAACAUUAAUGGUGUUAACUGGUGGCAAAAUCAUGUUAAGGAAAAUCUUGAAGUGCUUAAGGAUGGUCAAGCAGGUUUAAAAGAUUUCCAACAAGAGUUUAAUGAGCGUCAAAAUGUGUUCAAGGACAAUAUAAAAGACCUUACUCAAUGCCAGGCUGAAAUAAAAGAAAUGGUAGGUGAACUGAAUGAAAAUAAUGAGGAAGAGACUUUACAGGGAUUGAAAGAAAGUCAAAAUGAACUGGAGGAGAAUAUUCAGGAGUUAAUUGAAGUUCAGAAUGACACAAAUGAGAGCAUUGGUGAAAUUUCUGAAAAUAUAAAUGAAUUCAAUGAAAAUGUUCAGAGAGUCCGGGAAGGUCAAACAGAGUUUCUUGAAAUUAUUCAAGAGAUAAAACAAGUACAAAAUGACAUAAAGGAAAAUGUGAAUGAAAUUAAUGAAUGCCAGAUUGAAAUAAAAGAAAACCUGGACAACAUAAAAGGAAGUCAACAUGAAGCUAAUGAAGUGAUCAAUGAGUUAACAGAAGGGCAGAAUGAAAUAAAAGAAUGUCAAAAUGAAAUAAAAGAGGGACAAGGCCAAUUGAAUGAAUAUAUACAUGAGUUGGUGGAUAACCAAAAUGAAAUCAAAGAUUGUCAAUUGGAAAUGAAGGAAAGUCUCGAUGAAAUACAUGAACAUAUGCAAGAACCAGAAGAAUCCUCCAAUGCUGAACUAAAGGAAUAUCUACAGGAUUUGACAGAUGGCCAAAACCAGCUGAAAGAAUGUCAACAAAAUGAACUAAUGCCAAAUUUAAAUGAAAUAAUGGAAAAACAAACUGAUUUGAAUGACUGCAUAGAAGAACUGAAAGAAAGCACUCAUGAAUCAAGAGAAGAAAAUGAAAACCUGAGAAAUGAUUUUAAUGAAAUAAAAGAGUGUCAAGAACAAAUAAAAGCAAACCAGGAUGAAACUAAAGAACUGUGCAGCGAUCUUGCCGAAAACCAGAAUGCAUUGAAGGAGAAUGUUCACGAAGUGAUAGAAUGGAGUGAAGAGUUGAUAGCAGGGCAAAAGCAAAUGAAAAAUGAUCUCAUGGAAACGCAAAAUGACAUUUAUGAAGAGUUGAAAGCUUGUCAAAGAGAACUGAAGGAACAACUGUCUGAUGUAAAAUGUGGUUCAGUGUGCAUUGGAGAAGCUCUACUGUCAGGGGAUGAGUAUAAUAUCCCAGAUGCCAGCUUCUCUGCUUCUUCCGUGGCACAGGAGAGAGAUAAUGGACCUGAAAGAGCUAGACUUAAUACAGAGAUACGUGGGUCUAAAAGUGGUGGAUGGGUGGCAAAUGGUAACUCCCUAGACACAACACAGUGGAUAGAGGUAGACCUGGGGGCUCUUAGGCAGAUAACAGGAGUCAUUACCCAGGGGAGGAGUGAGGAAGGGGGAGAUGCAACCAACCAAUGGGUCACCUCCUACAGAGUAUGGUAUGCUGGGGCAGAUGAGCAACUUAUACUUUACAAUCAGGAAUUCCAGGGCAACUUUGAUGCAGACACAAGAGUGUUAAACAAAAUAUCUCCAAUUAUUGCACAACAUAUCCGCAUCAACCCAAUCUCUUGGAAUGGGCACAUCUCAAUGCGAUUUGAAAUACUUGGGUGUCCUGUAUAGGAAAUACCUGAACUGGAUUGGACAUAACUAAAUUGGAACUUGCACUAUUUAGGAAAUUAUAUUUGUGAGAUACUCAAGAAUUUCAUGUCUAGUCAUCCGACCUGUCUAUCUUC